GGUCAGAGACUGCAGACAUACUACAGGAGAUGGUCAGAGACUGCAGACAUACUACAGGAGGUGGUCAGAGACUGCAGACUUACUACAGGAGAUGGUCAGGGACUGCAGACAUACUACAGGAGAUGGUCAGGACUGCAGACAUACUACAGGAGAUGGUCAGAGACUGCAGACAUACUACAGGAGAUGGUCAGAGACUGCAGACAUGGUACAAGAGAUGGUCAGAGACAGAGACAUGGUACAAGAGAUGGUCAGAGACAGCAGACAUGGUACAAGAGAUGGUCAGAGACAGCAGACAUUAUACAUUAGAUGAUCAGAGGCUGCAGACAUGAUACGG